AUGGACGAGCUCCAUCACAGCGAGAAUUGGCCUUUCGUCUCCGAGGGGGAACUGAAUGCUGGGCAAGAUGAGUCUGUAUCUCCCGAAGAACAGCCCGACCGCGAUAUUGGCCAUGCUGAGGGCAAGCGCGACUACGACGAUGCGUACGACACCGAUGAUGCCGAUUCCGAAGAUCUGACCGCAAUCUCGCCCAUCCAGUCGCGAAGUUCCUUUGGCGAGGAUACACUCCCCAUGAAUUGGGCCGAGGAGUCACAGCCCAGAUCCACCGCCUUGCGACAGGCCUUCGAUGAGCUGUAUGAUAAUGACGACGAAGAGCGGGACAUCAUCACCCCCAUACACACUCCCAUACCAUCUUCAGGCGUGGACGGUUUCGCCGAAACAUCCGAUCCUUUCGAUGCAGUGCCUGCGAAUCGCAAUCUCCCACCGACGGCACGAUCCACGGGCGCGAAUGGCUCCUUUACCCAGCCGCUGCUUCGUCGAACGCCGUCAAUCACCGCGCAAAUACCGUUGAACAGACAAAGAGUGCGGUAUAGCUGGCAAUCGGUCCAGGACGAAGAACCCAACAGGCCGCGGAUAAACGUGAUAAAGCUGGUGUCCAAUACGGCAACUGCGAGUGCUGGCUUCCCUCAGGGCGAAGCGUUUGGUUUCUCCAUUUCUCCGUUUGGAAGACGCAUUGCAGUCUUCAACAGUGCACGACUGUACAUAUUGCAGAGCGAAGCGUUGCCCGUUGGAAUCAGUCAGGACUAUGCGCUCAAGCGGCGGCCGGUGGCGGUCGAAGUGGUGGAUGAGGGCAACACCAUUGCAAUUCUGGCGGACGAGCACACCGUCAACAUCUACGAUCUGGAGGAGCAAGAGCUGCGCAGGGUGAAGACGAUCAAGCUGGAUUAUCCAUGCAGUUGUAUUGCUCUCUCUACGACCGGCGCGCUACUGGCGGCGGGAUACGAAGGCGGCGUCGAGGUCUUCAGCCUGCAUCCGACUGCUCUCCCUACAGAUCGAAGGGCCGUUCGAUCCCACCGAGUUGACAAAUUGAUGUUUUCGCGAGAUGGUUCCACGCUCAUCGGCACCACGACGCGCAUCAAUGCCUCGUCCACCGUAGUGAUAUCGGUGCCCGUGUUCCCGACUUCUUCGACAGGUAUCCCAUCACAUGAUGAGCUGAAGGAAGCCUGGUGCUCGGAGCUGCUGCAACCAGACAACAUCCGCAAUUCCAGCCACGCAACGUUUAUGCGCGAAGACCGCCAGAUAUGUAACGACCGGCUCUUCGCCUGGAACGGCCUUCAAGACACUUUUGGGAUCUUGAAGGUGCCGGACAUGAUGUAUUCGAAUGUGGAUUUUCCCGUCGUCAUCAGCCCGCCGCUUUCGACACUCGGCGGACUGGGCGCAGCAAUUCACUGUUGUCCGGCUGUCGACGAGCAUGGUGAUGCUGUUGCAAUGGUCGUCAACGAUCGAACGGUCAGACUCUACCUCGUCCCGAGGAAUACAGAUGAGACGGAAAUGAUUGUUGAAGCGCACAGCAUCGAUCACGAGCUUGAUGAAGGCUACGGCUGUCCCUUCACCGACAUUCGAUGGGUCCACAGUGGCGGUGCCCUGGCCCUACCAGACGAUGUCGGUGCGAUGCAGGUGCGGGGAAGGCUGCUUGUCGCUAGCCCAGGGGCUGUAAUUGAGCAUGAGGCGACCGAAGAAAUGGCCGAGGUGGAGGACCUCGAGGGCGGGCGCAUCAUCAUGUUCGACUUUGACCCCCAAUAUGCUGGUCAGCCGGGACAGACCUUUUCCUUGACGCUCGGGAGCACGCCGCCUCAGACGUUGGAGGAAGCCAAUAUCGACGUCGCCCAUGAAAUUGCAAUCAUGCGGCGCCGGACUGUGAAUCAGAACAAAGUGACGACGCUCAAUCAACGCCCCAUUAACUUGGGACGAUCGGCGAUAUCAGUCGGGAAUAGAACCGAACGAUCUCUACGCGCAGGGACGCCGACCAUUACAGCGAACAAUGGUCGGCGGAUCGUGAUGACCAUGCGGCCCGAAGGAGUCACCCAGUCGGAAGAACCGUACGCCCAGAACGCGCCUAGAUCGCAAGACUCGUUGCAGCGCGCUGCGAGCAAUGUCCAACGACACCGCUUUCAGACUUUGGAAGAGCGAAUCCAUGAACACGCCAGCUUGGACUCGAAUGACAAUUUCUUGCCGCUGCCGGAAUACACGGAGGAGCCGAAUGCUCCGCUGCCCAGUCGAUUUCGAGCCAUGGCUGGACUGGAUGGGCCGGCGCCGUUGCCUGCUACGAAGCCGUCUGAAAGUAACAAUACUGCUGGUAGAAGGGAGGUCAGCUCGCCUACGCCACCGUCUUCGCAAACACCCACUCCCACCGUCGAUACUUUUGCUAGGCAAAACACAGACGUGGCUGCGCGUGACACACAGCUUCAACGCCCACGUGGAGAUUCGUUACGGGAGGAGACGUCGGUCAGGGAUACUCCGCCCUUGGCCGCCAGACCGGAUGUCCGAGCUCAGACGGCACAGUUGCCGCAGACUACAGUGCCCACACCCAGCUCGCCAGCCGCACCAUCCCCGACUCCACGGUUCCUUCAGCGAGCAUACGGCAAUGCGGCUUUCAGCACGAUGCGCGCGAGUCCAUCGCCGCGCCUACUGGACGGCUGGGAAACCGCCAUCCCACGUGCAUCCGCGCAAUUCGAGCGGCCUCGGCCCACGCCGUCACCACUAGACAGGCCGUCACCAAUAGACAGAUCACCCCACCGAUCAAACGGCUUGUACGUACCAGGACAGUGGGACGUCUCCCCACUACCCUCUCCAUCAACACCUGCAACGCCAAACGGUCUACAAUACAGCCGCUCGACAUCCCAGCUCGCCUCACCCGCCCGCACACCCCUCGGCUCCGCGUCUAUCCCCUUCCACCGCGCCGCCUCGUCCGCAGGCUCCUCUUUCGCCCCGAGCAUUGCGUCCUCGGGAGGCAUCACGCCCUACUACGGCGACGUCAGACUGCCACCUCACAUGCAAGCCUUCCGCACCGCCGCUCCGUCCACAAACUCAGCCACAGCCUCAAUAUUUCAAAGCACGCAGUCCGCAACCCACAUCCCCGUGCGCGAGCCAGGACGCAACGCAAACGGCGCGACCGGCUACCCCAUCACCGCCUGGCAUCCUCCCGCGCCCUCGUCUCCGUCUGCCCUUCCUUCGAGCGAAGCUGGGAGGAGCAACUCGCUCCCCGACGAGCAGGGCAAGUCGGGCUUCUUCCGCCGCGGGACGAAGAUGCGGAAGAAGGCUAGUCGCGAUGUGCUUUUUGGGCCGGAGUUUGCGGGGCAGCAGCCUGGUGCUUCUGCGGCGAGGCCUGGGACGGCGGAGUCGGAGGGGGGAUAUGCUGGUGCGGGUGGGGCGAAGAGCGUGUUUGAGACGAAGAGUGUGUUUACUGUUAAGACUAAGCGGGGAGACACAAGAUGUGUGGUCAUGUAG